CGUAUAAUAAAAAUUGAAGGAUAUUGAUAAAAUUCGCAAUAUUAAUAUUCGUCUAAUUAAUAAAAUAACGCAUUUAUCGUAGUACUACAUACAACGUUUGAUUGAAAAAAUGUAUCAACAAGUGGGAUGGAACGUGAGCGAGAAAGAGGAAUUACCACACAGGUAGAAAAUCGAUACAAAAUUGAAUAGUAUUAUUAUUUCUCUUAUAUUUGAUCGUACGAGAAAUCUUCCUAAUCUCAUGAUCGAUUUUUCGAGAGAAUUACGGGUAGUUAUACUGAAGAUAGCAUGCAGUGUAAAAUUCGAUCAUUGCUUGGACACAGCUGCUGUGAAGCUUAAAAAAUUUGUUGAAAGUAAUGGCACACAAAAAUUGCAUCCUGAUGUUCGUUCUGUCGUUUAUUCUUUUGGUCUCUUUGUGCCAAGUGAUGCAGCUGAAUCAAUAUUUGAAAAAAUGUGGGAAUUCUUUUUAAGAGAAACAGACGUACAAGAGAAAAACAGGCUCUUAAUAAGAUUAGCAGCUGUUAAAAACAAAGAUAUUCUCGCUAAAUAUCUCCAAAAAAUACAAGAUGAGAAAGUAGUUCGUAGACAAGAUUUUUUUGAAAUUAUUAGUAAUAUCGCUCUAAAUCCAAUGGGUCUUGAUAUAGUCUGGGAUUUUUUUAGAAACCAUUGGGAAAACUUAAUUGAAAAAUUCGCACUAAACGAUCAUGUUGUGGAUGCAGUUAUUGGAGCAACUAUCUCCUUAUUUAAAGAUGAACAGAAAUUGAAAGAAGUUGAAGAUUUUUUCAAUAAAUAUCCAAAUACUGGGCCAAGUACGCACACAAAAAAAAAUGUGAUCGAAGAUAUCAAAAGUAACAUCAAAUGGUUAAAUGCAAACUUAUGGCAAUUCGAACAAUGGUUGAACGAAGAUGAAGUCUAUCUCCCAUAGAGUUUUU